AUGAACACAGCUGAAAUAGAUGUCGUGAUGCCAUCGGCGGCUAGCCAAGGUGAAGCUGAAAAAGUUACAGUGAAUAUCCCUGCCCCUGAAACGCUCGCACAACUAGACCAGCUCUUGGGUCGCUAUCGGGCAGUAAUACAAGAACCCGAGAAAAAUAAGGUUGAGAUUGAUGCUCUCGAACGCGUCCUUUGUUCUAUUUCCGAGCAACAAGAUGAAUACACAGUCAAACUCCAGAAGCUAAGAACGGGAAUGCAAAACCAGCCUGCAUAUGACGAGCAGCUUUUCAAAAGCCAGCUCAUUGCUUUACAACUUCUGAGUAGAGACGUGGAUGUUCCUGAUGGCCUCUUGACUGAAGAGCAAACGGAAGAUGACAGAACUGUUGGCUCCAGUAAUCAUACUUCAACCCUAGAAAGCACUGAAAGUAACCUGAAGCCCGUGAAGUUGUCAUUGGAUUUUGAUUCCAACGCAAAGAGUUUUGGACUGUAUGACAAGUUUUCCAAUUUAGGCAUGCCCAAGGGAAAGGAAAGUCUUGGUGCUAUUUCUGUUGAAGGUACAAUUCUAUCCAGAAUAGCUGAGCGUAUCAAGGAAUUGGAAUCUCUUCCAGCAAACCUGGGCACUUACUCGUUGGAAGACAGCCUACUCUUCACAGCCAAAGAUGAUGUGCCCUCAAGCAUAGACGAUUUGAAGCUUAAAGCUAUUGUUGAGCUGAGAGCUUUGAAGCUGCUAACCAAACAAAAGUCUCUUAGACAAAAGCUGAUAAUGAACGUCACAAGCCAAGCUCAUCACACUAUCCCUUCCUUAAGAGACUCUCCUUUCACGAUGGCAGCCCAGAGAUCUGUGCAGGUUAGAAACAAGGUUAUUGUUCCUCAAACCGCUAGGCUGGCCGAAGAGCUUGAAAGACAACAGCUCCUAGAGAAGCGGAGAAAAGAACGUAACAUACACAUGCACAAAGUUAACGUGAUUAUCGAUUACGUUCAGGACCAGCAAGUCACACAUACUUCACCAAGAGAGCGAGGUGCCCAGUUUGGUAAGUUGUGCCUCUCUCUACACAACCAAACUGAAAAGGACGAACAGAAGCGCGUCGAAAGGACUGCUAAGCAGCGUCUGGCUGCUCUUAAAUCCAAUGACGAGGAAGCAUAUCUGAAGCUACUCGACCAAACGAAGGACACAAGAAUUACGCACUUGCUGAGACAAACGAACUCUUUCUUAGAUUCCUUGGCUCAAGCUGUUAGAGUGCAACAAAACGAAGCUAAAAUCAGAGAGGGUGGUGAAAUAAGGCCCAUGACCGAUGAAGAGAGAGAAAAGAUAGACUACUACGAAGUGGCGCACUCAGUUAAAGAGAAAGUCGAAAAGCAGCCUUCCAUUUUAGUUGGAGGGACGUUAAAAGAAUACCAGGUUCGAGGCUUGGAAUGGAUGGUCUCUCUUUACAACAAUCACUUGAACGGUAUCCUGGCCGACGAAAUGGGGUUGGGUAAGACAAUUCAAUCGAUAUCCCUGAUAACUUACUUGAAAGAGGCAAAGAGUGAGCCAGGUCCCUUUUUGGUGAUUGUGCCGCUUUCCACCAUAACGAAUUGGACUCUAGAGUUUGAAAAAUGGGCCCCUUCACUCGCAACUGUUGUUUACAAAGGGACUCCAAACCAAAGAAAAUCAAUGCAGCACCAGAUAAGAACAGGGAACUUUGAAGUUCUUUUGACCACGUACGAGUACAUCAUCAAAGACCGAUCUUUGUUGGCUAAACACGAUUGGUCGCACAUGAUCAUUGACGAGGGCCAUAGAAUGAAAAACGCUCAGUCUAAACUCUCUUUCACCCUCACAAGAUAUUAUAGGACAAGAAACCGUUUAAUUUUGACUGGUACGCCGCUACAAAACAACCUUCCUGAGCUGUGGGCUCUUUUGAACUUCGUUUUGCCCAAGAUUUUCAAUUCAGCCAAGACAUUUGAUGAAUGGUUUAACACACCCUUCGCAAAUACUGGUGGUCAAGAAAAGCUGGAGCUUACAGAAGAAGAAACUUUGCUGGUAAUCAGAAGACUUCACAAGGUCUUAAGGCCUUUCUUGUUGCGCCGUUUGAAGAAAGAGGUCGAAAAAGAUUUGCCGGAUAAGGUUGAAAAGGUUGUGAAAUGUAAACUUUCAGGCCUGCAACACCAACUCUACCAGCAGAUGCUGAAGCAUAACGCUCUUUUUUUUGGCGCUGGAACUGAAGGUGCCACAAAAGGCGGCAUAAAGGGCUUGAACAAUAAAAUAAUGCAAUUGAGAAAGAUCUGCAACCAUCCGUUUGUGUUUGAUGAAGUUGAGGGUAUAAUCAAUCCUACGCGGGGUAAUAGUCCGCUGUUGUAUCGUGUUGCUGGUAAAUUUGAACUUCUGGACCGGAUUCUGCCCAAGUUCAAGGCAACCGGACACCGUGUUUUGAUGUUCUUCCAGAUGACUCAGGUUAUGGAUAUAAUGGAGGAUUUCCUCCGAAUGAGAGACUUGAAAUAUUUGAGGUUAGAUGGUGCGACAAAAACUGAGGAGCGUACUGGCAUGCUAAAGCUUUUCAACGCUCCUGACUCUGAAUACUUUUGCUUUUUACUGUCAACAAGGGCUGGUGGUUUAGGUUUAAACCUACAAACUGCCGACACGGUCAUUAUUUUCGAUACUGAUUGGAACCCACACCAAGAUUUACAAGCUCAAGAUAGAGCCCACAGAAUUGGGCAAAAGAAUGAAGUCAGGAUCUUAAGACUUAUAACAACUGAUUCGGUCGAAGAGGUUAUUCUAGAAAGGGCCUUACAGAAGUUAGACAUCGACGGCAAGGUUAUCCAAGCAGGUAAAUUUGAUAACAAGUCAACAGCAGAGGAGCAGGAGGCGUUUUUGCGGAGGCUCCUCGAAAAUGAAAAUGUCAAAGAUGAAAAUGACGAGGCUGAGCUUGAUGACGAAGAGUUGAACGAAAUACUCGCUAGAGGUGAUGAUGAACGCAAAUUGUUUGACAAGAUGGACGAAGAGCGGGCUGCUAUGGAGCUCAAGCAGGCAAAAUCGCAGGGGCUUUCUACCCCGCUGCCAAGGUUGAUACAGCUUGACGAGUUACCAGAAGUCUUAACGGAAGAUAUCACCAACCACUUGCAGACGGAGCCAGCGGCUGUCGGGCGGAUCAGGGAAAGGAAGAAGGUGUAUUAUGAUGAUGGGCUGACAGAGGAGCAAUGGCUGCAAGCAGUCGACAACGAUGAAGAUUCAUUAGAAGACGCAAUUAAUCGGAAGCGGCGCUCAAGAGAACGCAGACAGCACAGCAAAGAGCUCAAAGACUCGGAGCCAGGAGAGAUCGAUACACUAGACAACAGCUUAGAACCGACACCUGAAAUUGAAUUAGCUAAACCUAACGGUAAACGUUCAAGAGCUGCAAGAAAAGCGGCUGCUAGCGAAGUCAAGAAUGAAAACGAGCAAGACGAACAGCUGGAAGAAGAAGAAGAGGACGGGCACACGCCGAAAAAGCUAAAAUUGAAAGUAAAGCUUUCUUUGAAGAGUGAUCAACAAAAGUCUACGCCAGGUGAAUUGGAUGGACCGACGGUUGAACAACCCCAAACCUCAGCUCCCAAACCCAAAAGUAAGUCAAAGAAAGUCACCACAUGCGAGUUCACGCCCCAGGUCGAACAUCUCUUGGAGGAAAUGCGGGCCCAAAUUGACCCUACUGACGAGCAUGCACGCACUUCCGUUUUCGAGAUUUUACCUUCUAAGAAGCUCUAUCCGGAUUAUUACAAAUUAAUUUCAAAUCCUGUAGCUCUCGACACAAUCACUAAAAAAUGCAAGAAGGGCUUGUAUGGGUCCUUAGAGGAUGUUAGACAAGAUCUGGAAACGAUGUUCGGGAAUGCUCAGUUCUACAAUGAGGAAGGAUCCUGGAUUUUUAAUGACGCCGAAGAGCUCCGUAAAUUCGUGAGUGCUUGGUUCGAAUCCAAUAAAUAG